AUGAGCAUGAGCAUGGACAUGCCCACGAUGGCUUCGAGCAGCAGCUCGGCCAUGGCCGGCAUGUCGAGCAUGUCGAGCAUGAUGAGCUCUGCUAUGCCUUCGGCAACCUCCAGCAUGUCCAUGGGCCACAGUCACAGCGAUGACACAAUGACAGGCAUGGAUAUGGGAGAGUGCAGCAUGAGCAUGCUGUGAGUUGAUCCCGUGCUUUUGCACGUCACCAAAGCGGUCCCUUCUCACCCUGGCCUCCCUUCACGCCUAUCACAACAGAGGCAAUUGGCAGACAGUUGGAGCGUGUUUCUUGACAUCAUCUUGGAGGUCAGUGCUACGCGCCACCACCACUGCUUCACGCCUUCGCACGAGGUGACACGUUGCAGCGCGCUCUGACGCUCUGACCUCCCUUCCCAUCUCCUUCUUGCUCGGCAUCACAGGAUAUCCACAGAGGCUCAAUUCGCGGGUACAUGCAUCGGCGUGUUCAUGAUUGUGGUGCUGAUCGAGUCUGUUCGAAGAUGGGGAAGAGAGUGGGACAGAUACAUCGUUCGGACCGCCAUGGCUCGACGCAGAACUUUGCAGCAGGAGCGUCUCAGAGCAAGCAGCUUCAACGGGGCAACUGUCCCAGCUGCUCGUCACGAUCAGCCCGUCGCUUCUUGUUGUGCUGGUGACGUUGCAGAGACGCAAAGCGGUGGGCAUCACGGUGCACCUUCAGGAGCUCAGAGCAGUGCGGAUGCAAGUCCGAUGCAAAAGGAUGCAUUGGCGCUGGAAGAAGAGGGAGGAGCACCCAUCGUCUUGACGCACAGCGGUAAUGCGGCGGUAGCAGGAGCAGCGCGCCACCGUCUCCAUCAUGAAAGCCCUCCAGCGGGGGCUGCAUACCUUGCCAAACUCGAAAGAGCCUUUUUUGGUCUGCCAAAGGGGUCUGCAGGCGAACGAGCCUUGCGGUCCAAUUGUCCUUCUUGCUUCCGACCAACGGUGCUGCAACAAUUUAUUCGGAGCUUAGUGUAUGCGGUACAGUUCACGGGUGCAGUGAGUCUCCUACCUUGUAGAGCCCAGCUUCCCAUUCAUUGGCUGACGAUGAACCAUCACCUCCAACCGCAGUACAUCGUCAUGCUCAUCGCAAUGUCCUUCAACGGCUACAUUCUCAUUUCCAUCGUUCUGGGAGGUCUAGUGGGUCACUUUUUCAGCACGUGGGACACGCUCUGCUUCGAGCUUGAAGAGCAAGAAGAUCCCUAUCUGCUCACCACCGGCGGAGCAGCAGGAGCUACAGGCUUUGGUUCCAACGCUAUGGCUCCCGUCACACUUCAGCACGAUGCCGGCGAGAAGACGACGCAGAGCAGAGGCCAGGGUAACGAUACGUAUGGUCAGCACAGCGGAGCCUGCUGCGGCUAA